AUGGCUACAUCUCGACUGGUGCAGCGUACAGCGGCGUUCGUGGAGCAACAGCUCAAGACAAACGACGCGUCGCACGACUGGCGCCACAUUGAGCGCGUCUGGACGUUGGCGAGGGCUCUAGCGAAGGAGGAGGAAAAUCUGGAGAUUGUGGAUCUAGCAGCAUUGCUCCAUGACAUUGACGACUGGAAGUAUCAGGGAGGCAAGGAGAAGCCUACGAAAAGGGCAGUUUGUUUUCUGCAGUCGGAGUGCAUCUCGGGAGACAAGAUCGAACGUGUGAUGACCAUUAUUGACAGCAUGGGAUUCAAAGAUGAGCUAGAAGGCAAGGAAUCGCGUUCGCUUUCUGUUGAAUACGGCUGCGUCCAGGAUGCCGAUCGACUGGAUGCGAUUGGAGCCAUCGGAAUUGCACGUUGUUUCACGUAUGGAGGACACAAACUGCGGCCACUUUAUGACCCGGAUGUGUGCCCGGUCGACGGCAUGACCAAAGAGCAGUACAUGGACCAGAAUCGCCCCAACACCACUAUCAACCAUUUCUACGAGAAAUUACUGAAGCUCCGUGGCAUGAUGAAGACCAAUGCAGGAAAACGUCUGGCGGAAGAGCGCCAUGCCUUCAUGGAAACAUUCCUGGACCAGUUCCACAAAGAGAUUUGUGGCCGAGGCUAG